AUGGCGAAAGACUAUUCCGCACAAGAGGUUAUCAAGACCUUGAAUCUCUCCCCACAUCCAGAGAAGGGCUAUUACGUCGAGACCUUCCGCGACCGCUAUUCAUCGAAUGAUCGCUCGUACAGCACCUGCAUUUAUUACCUUCUCGAGGGGGAAAGUGGCCUCUCGCACUGGCACCGUGUUGUCGAUGGCGCCGAAAUAUGGCAUUACUACGCUGGCGCCCCUAUGCAACUAUCACUAUCCUGGGAUGACGGGAAACCCACCCGGGACAUCAUUCUAGGGAUCGAUUUUGCAAAAGGCCAACGGCCACAAGCUAUCGUUGAGCGUGGGGAGUGGCAGCAUGCGAGAAGUCUAGGUGAUUGGACACUCGUGGGGUGUACGGUGGCACCGGCCUUCUUGUUCGAGAGCUUUGAGAUGGCUGAAGCGGGAUGGGAGCCCCGCCUAGCCACGAAUGUUGAAUAG